GGACGGCUGGGGAGUCGCAGCCCGGGACUGUAAAUAAGACCGAUCAAACUGUGUUUUAUUUACAAACGCGAUGCCGGCUGUUUUAAAAGACCGCACCCAGUUGUUUUAAAGUCGUUUUUCGUUCUUUUUGGCUCUUACCUCUCGCCUAAGUCCGUGUGGUUUUCACACUACGCGCGUACAAUGGCGAGCUCGGCUAACUCGAACCCAGUGCCUAAGUUGUACAAGUCCGUGAUCGAGGACGUGAUCAACGAGGUGCGAGAGCUGUUCCUGGACGAGGGAGUGGACGAGCAGGUGCUCCUGGAGCUGAAGACGCUAUGGGAGAACAAACUGCUGCAGUCCAAGGCAGUGGAGGGCUUCCACACCGAGGAGCAGGCAGCCCUGCAGGCCGCUCAGCAGCAGCAGCAGCAGCAACAGCAGCAGGUCCAGCAGGUCCAGCAGGUCCAGCAGGUCCAGCAGGUCCAAAACAUCCAGCAGGUGACGCAGCCAGCGCAGGCCCAGCAAGUCAUCCUGCCCCCCCAGCAGCAGCAAGCUCCCCAGCAGCAAGUCAUUGUUCAGGAUUCCAAGAUUCUACAGCACAUGAAUGCAACGGGGAUGAGUGCAGCAGCUACCGCAGCAACGCUUGCUUUGCCCACAGGGGUCACCCCAUACCAACAGCUCAUUACCAGCCAAGGUCAGAUCCUGCAGGUGGUCCGCGCACCCAACGGGGCUCAGUACCUCAUCCAGCAGCCCCAGCAGCAGAUCCUCCUGCAGCAGCAGAUGCAGCCUGGCGGCGUGCAGGCGCCGGUCAUACAACAGGUAUGCCAGUUCAGACAGGUCCUGGCUCCUCUGCAGGGAGGCCUGCCCCAGCAAACGGGCGUCAUCAUCCAGCCACAGCAGAUUGUUCUGGCUUCAAACAAAGUCCACGGCAAUACACAGGUGAUGCAGACAACAGCCAUGGCAACGCAGCCCGGUCAGGCGGCAGCGCAGGUCCAGCAGGUCCAGCAGGUUCAGCAGGUCCAGGGUGCAGCCGCCGUGCAGGCCCAGCAGCAGGCCCAGCCCCAGCCUCAAACACAGCAGCCUCCCCUGAUGAUGCAGGUGGACGGGGCCGGAGACACUUCCUCAGAGGAAGACGAGGAUGAGGAAGAGGAGUAUGACGAAGAUGACGAGGAGGAGAAGGACAAGGACGGGGGCGAGGACGGUCAGGUGGAGGAGGAGCCACUGAACAGUGAGGAUGACGUCAGUGAUGAGGAGGACCAGGAGCUGUUUGAUACAGAGAAUGUAGUGGUGUGCCAAUACGACAAGAUUCACAGAAGUAAGAACAAAUGGAAAUUCCACCUGAAGGACGGGAUCAUGAAUCUGAACGGGAGAGACUAUGUCUUUUCCAAAGCCAUUGGGGAUGCUGAAUGGUGAAGUAUAAGAAGAAGAAAAAAAAAACAAGAAAAGAAAAAACACAGGAGCAGGAGCUAUGUAACUCCUUCUAUCCAGUUAACAGACACUUCAGUAUCCUUCCAUAUCCUGUGACUGGAUUCAUUUCAGGAAACUUCUUUCAGAGUCUCUGAGAACUCUUGAGAAACCCAAAGGACUGUGAGGGUACUGUAAAAUCUGGGUGUCGUCAGAAAACACUCGACGAGCCUUUGCGGGACGAGAAACCUAUGGGGGAAAGAAAAGCCCGUGAGCGGAGCGUUGUUUUUCCCUUUUUAGUUUUUCUUCCUCUUCCAGGCUUCUCUACCCUUUUUUGCCGAGAGAAUUCACACACUUUGGAAAGUAAAGCAUUUCACAUCCCACAGGUGUAGUGGACCAGGGGGGACGUGACCUGCCCCGUCGCGUGAGGUCAGAGGUCAUUCAUCAUCACCCCAUACACGAGAACCACCUUCAUGAAUGCACUGUAGUCGGUUGACUGGAUUGACUCAUUGUCUACUUUUAAGUCCAAACUUAGUGCCACCAGUCGAGAUCGCUGCCCUUAGAACAGCCAGAUCUACAAUCUAACGGCUUCUCAUUUCUGUUCUUAGAUCGUAAUUCUGUCACGGUUAAUUUUUAUGAAAAUGGUGCUCCAGAGUGUUUUUAUGUAGUUUAACAACCUGCUGUUGUUUUAAACCUUUUUUAAAAAUAUGUUUGAAGGGUUCAGGCGAUGAACACAUAUGAAAACACAUGAAUCUCUGAGUAACUUAAUAGUUAGCGUUAUGGCAUUUUUUUAUAUCGUAGGGAGUGCUGAAUCCAAAAAUACAGUUAUCUUUGCGUUGUCUGCUUCUCUGGAGCUUCAUUCCAUCUUUAUCUCAAAAACCAUAACAUUAGAAAAAAAGUGGAAGAACAGAUCCAACACUGAGUUCAUUUUGGAAUUGUACAAAAACGUCUGAUGGUUUGUCCUGUUGGUGUAUCUUCUUUGCUCUUAUUUUAGUUCCCUGCAACCGUCUGAAAAAUUUGCACUGUCAGUUUGUCAAUGUGUAGUGAAAUCAGUCGAGUUAAUCAAAGACCACGGCCGCUCUCUUCUCGGUCCAGUCUGUCUUGUGUGGGUCGUCACUGCUUUUCCCUGAAAAUUUGUUAGUUUUUCUUGCGCACCCCAUAAUCAGUUUUUUUGGGGCGGAGUGGGGCAGAACCAUGUCCUGUUGUUUUUUUUGGGGGUUUUUUUUCUUUAUAUUUAUUCCUGAAAGUUCAUGAAAUGUUCUACUUUUUUGAAAAGGUUGAAAAGCCGCACCAAACUGUGCUCUUAUAAUCUCAUAAGUGUUCCUUUUUUUCUCUCUCUCUGUUGGCUGAACUAAGCUUCAUAACGCUGUGUUCCAAAUUUUUGUCCACCAUGUGUUCCCCUGUGCUUUCAUUUUAUUCCUGAUUUUUAAAAGAAUAUUUUCUAUCAAGAGUUUAAAUUCGGGGCCCGUGUGUUUCUCUGCAGUUUGUUUUUAGUGCCCCUGUUGCAGCAAUUUGAAAUAAAGUAUGUGUUUUUUGA